AUGGCAGUGAGCUCGAUCAAGAACUCGAUCGAGUCGAGUUUCGAACAAACGAACUCGAUCGAGCUGGGGACUGAAUGCAAGGAGCAAGCUCAAGGAGAUUGGUCUGAGCUCAAGGCGCCUAAAGUCGACCUCAAACCUUUGCCUGAGGGCCUCAGGUAUGCAUUUCUGGGUGAAAACUCAACUUACCCUGUCAUUGUGAACUCUGAUUUGGAACCUGAACAGUUGAGUGCUUUGCUUGUUGAAUUGAGAAAGUACAGAAAGGCAAUAGGUUACACUCUAGAUGAUAUCAAGGGGAUCUCCCCUGACCUAUGCAUCCAUAGGAUUCAUCUAGAGGAUGAAAAUGUUAGAAAGAUUGGCAAACCACCCUUUUAUUGUUUUCUUGAUGGCUACAGUGGUUUCUUCCAAAUCCCGAUCCACCCUAAUGAUCAGGAGAAGACCACUUUCACAUGCCCUUAUGGCACCUUUGCUUAUCGAAGGAUGCCAUUUGGGCUGUGCAAUGCUCCAGCUACUUUCCAGAGGUGCAUGACCUCCAUUUUUUCAGAUCUGAUAGAGGAGAUGGUAGAAGUCUUCAUGGACGAUUUCUCAGUCUAUGGAGCAUCCUUCUCCUCAUGUUUGUCUAACUUGUGCAGGGUGUUGCAGAGGUGUGAGGAGACCAAUCUAGUACUCAACUGGGAGAAGUGCCACUUCAUGGUUCGAGAAGGGAUUGUGCUUGGACACAAGAUUUCCGAGAAAGGGAUCGAGCUCGAUCGAGCUAAGGUGGAUGUCAUGUUGCAGCUCCCUGUUCCCAAGACUGUGAAGGACAUAAGGAGUUUUCUGGGUCAUGCAGGGUUCUACAGAAGAUUCAUCAAGGAUUUCUCAAAGAUAGCAAGACCCUUGACAAGGCUUCUGUGCAAGGAGACAGAUUUUGAGUUUGAUGAAGAAUGCCACAAGUCUUGGACCUUGCUGAAGGAUGCUCUGGUAUCUGCGCCAAUAGUACAAGCUCCAAACUGGGAUCACCCAUUUGAGAUUAUGUGUGAUGCAUCUGACUAUGCAGUAGGAGCAGUGCUUGGCCAAAAGAUAGACAAGAAACUCAAUGUCAUCUACUAUGCAAGCAAGACUAUGGAUGAUGCUCAGUGCAAGUAUGCAACCACAGAGAAGGAGCUCCUUGCCAUAGUCUUUGCCUUUGAGAAGUUUCGAAGCUAUAUAGUUGGAUCCAAGGUGAUUGUGCACACUGACCAUGCUGCCCUUAGGCACAUCUUCGCUAAGAAAGAUACAAAGCCAAGACUUCUCAGAUGGAUCCUUUUGCUUCAAGAGUUUGACAUAGAAGUUGUGGACAAAAAGGGAGUAGAAAAUGGAGUUGCUGAUCAUCUCUCUAGGAUGCGAGUUGAAGACAUGAUCCCCAUCAAUGAUUCUAUGCCUGAAGAACAGCUUAUGGCAAUCAUGAUCUUGAAAGAGUUUUGA